AUUGAGGAGAAAGUGCUUUAAAAAGCUAUUUACUGAAGUGUUUUGUUUGACAUCUACCUUUAGGUAUCAAAACUGAAGAAAUGGUCUGACACCAACGUAAGGGCUGAUGAGAAUUUUCCCUCAGAUCAUUCAGCAGCUCAGAAUGUCUCUGUCUGACUCUGACUACGUUGUCACGAAGGAUAAGAGCAGCAGUUUGACAUUUUUACAGAUCUAUUUGACUACGCUGCGACACCAAGACACCACUCUGGCCCGGUUGCAGCAGAUCUAUGAAGAAAUGCUGGAGGUCCUCAGUGAGCUGCUGGAGCUACAGCAGGAAGACCAGAGGGAGGAAAAGGACGACAGAGCUGCACCGUGAUCCUCAACAUGUGC